AGCGAGCGACCCCCCUCCCCUCGUUCCAUUCCCCCUCCUCCUGGGUCGAUUCCCUUCUCGUUCUCCUCAUAGCGCCUCCUCCUCUCCAAUCCCUAACCCUAACCCUAAGGCAACGGCGCCGUCGCCCGCGGCCUCUCCCCUUCACCGACGGCGCCAUCUCGUCCGAGUCCGAGUUGGAGGAGCACGUGUACGUCGGGGACGCAGCAAGGCCAGCACGCCAUCGGUCCCGCCUUCCCUGGUUCCUCGCCGAGCGCCACGAAGAGGAAGAGAGAAUGGUGAAGGAGAAGGGGAAUGAGAAGGGAAAGGGUGCUGGUAAGGAGAAUGGGAAGGCGAAUGGUGCUGGUAAGGAGAAUGGGAAGGCGAAUGGGAAGGCGAAGGGUGCUGGUAAGGAGAAUGGGAAGGCGAAUGGGACGGCGAAGGCAAAGGAAAAGAGUUUGAAUUACCUAAUUAGGCAAGAUUCGCCGCUGCCUCUGCCGGUUCCGAGGAAGAAGAGCAAACCUAAGGUGCAGAUUAGGAAGGAGAAAGACUUUCCCAAUGCCCCAAUGGGAGAGUUGAUUUGUAGCUUAAAAAAACACCCUCCACCUCCUCCGCGUCUCCCUGACCGCACCGGUGCCGGCGUGCGUGCCGCGGAAGCCGCUGCCUCCGGCUCCGCAACCGGCUCCGAGCUGCCUCAUGCAUCUACUAUUGUGGUAGAGGACGAGGAGAAGGAGGAGGACGACGAGGACGAGGAGAAGGAGGAGGACGACGAGGACGAGGACAUGGAUGAGGACAAGGACAAGGAAUAUGAGGAGCAGAAUCUGUUUGUGGUUCCUCCAUUGCAAGCGGGUGCUGAUAUGUCGGAUGAUGAUACAUCAGAUGGGUAUAAGGAAUCAGCUGAUGAACUAGAAGGUCACACUAUGUCCGAGGAAUCACUUGUGCAUGUUGUCUCUAGUGAGGAGGAGGCAAGAGAAAGGAAAAGGAAAAAGAACAAGAGGCCAAGAGCCAAUGCUCAUGUUAGGAUGUCAUCCGAUGUUUGGGCCCAUUUUCACAAGGUCAGGGAGCCAGAUGAGAAGACUGGAGAGAUUGUGUUGAAGGCUGUUUGUAAUUAUUGUAACGACAAGAAGUAUGCGUAUAAGCAAGGUGGCAGCACCUCAACUAUUGGAAGGCAUCAUUUAAAAUGUAAGGGUUACAAGUCCAAGAUGGCUAGGGAUGCCAUCCAAACAACUCUUGAAUUGCGCAGAAUCAAUGGUACAACAAGUGGUCCAACAAUGCACCCCUCUAUUGAGUACGACCAAGGAAUCGUCAAGGAGCUUAUUGCUAAGAUGAUAUGUGUGCAUGAGUAUUCAUUUAGAAUGGUUGAACAUGAGUGGUUCAACAUUCUAAUGAAGUGCAUGAAUCCAAAUUAUAAACCCAUUGGAAGGAAGGCAAUACGAGCCGAGUGCAUGAUUGCUGUUUUUACUCCAAUGAUUGUUGUUUUUUACUCAUAUGGUUGCUGUUUUUACUCCAAUGGUUGCUGUUUUUUACUCAUAUGCUUGUUGUUUUUACUCGUAUGCUUUCUAAUUCACUCCAAUGCUAUCAUCUUUGAUCCUAGGUACAAGAUGGGUUACAUAGAGUGGGCCUUUGGAGAACUAUAUGGAGAAGGAAGUACGAGGUUUAGGACUGAGAUCAAAAUCGUGGAGAAAGAGUUGGCGGCCUUGUAUGACAAAUGUGUUGCUCAAGAUAAGCGAGCUGGAAAUGGAGAAAGUUCAUCUUCCUCUGCAAACAUUCCUAGUAUCCCGGUUCAAGCUGGGUACGAGUCCUUCUUAUCGUCCCGUUCAACAAGAAUAUCAAAGAGUGAGUUGAGGAACUACUUAGAGGAUGAGGUUGCCCCUCGCAACAAGGCUCUUCAUCUUCUUGGUUGGUGGAAAGACAAUGCUCCUAGGUACCCAAUUAUGGCCAAGAUAGCCAGGAGGUUCCUUACUAUCCCGGCUACCUCCGUGUCUUCGGAAUCUACCUUCAGCACGACCGGAUAUAAACUUGUCAACUUCUCAUCCUCAAACUAGUUGUUGGGCAAGAGAGGUGGCGCCACCGGGAGGAGAGAACGGCUGUCCGCGCAGCGCUCUUGGUGGGCAAGAGAGAGAUGAUUGUGCCGAGGACAUCGUUAGGGAGGCGGCUGAUGAGAUCGAGGCUCGCACCAUCGCAACCGCUGACAUCCCUGCUCGCCGGAGAUGUCCGCUCGUCCCGCCACCGCUUCUUGGAUAGGGAAGCCGCCACAUCGUUCAUGGCCGCCGCCGCCCAAAAAAUCGGGCAAUUAGGUUGGAACCUUCUGUGCACCCCCGAGCGAUCUAUUUAACGAGUUUGGAACAUGUGCGAUUUACGCAGGGAUAAACAUAGGGAAAAGCCUGUGUUCAUCCGACGGAUCUUUCUGCGCGCGUCAAUCACCUUCAUGGCCGUCGAUCUGUCUUUAAUCAGACGCCUCUUUCCAUAGCCCAGAUUUGCAACUGAGGUGUUGUUGCAAUCUUUCCCACCGCAACAACUAGUUUGUUGCAAGAUCUAGAAUCCCCGCAGCAGUGACUGAGAGACACACUUCACCAGAUGCGUCGGUGCCGCCGCCAGUGAGCAAGCUGAUCUCCUGUUCACUUGCCUUGGUCAUCGGCCUUCCUCUUGUUGGAUCCCUUGGAUCGGAGUAGGCUAGAUCAUCCGGUGAACCUACCUUCUCCUUUGGCUGACAAGCUCGAGCCGGUGCCGGCCGUGGCGAAGUAGUGG